CAGUUAGUGAUUCUGUUCGGGAUAGUCACAGUGUCAAGAAGAGGGUGGGAAUUGCUUACAUUGUUCUGUCACUACGCACAGGUACGAUUGUAAAUCACUCCUGCUAACGACUUUGGAUUAUUGGUGAAGUGUCAUUCUGGCAAUUUAACAUGGCAUUAGCAGUGAAUGUGCUACUGGUGGCUUCAUUCCUAGCAGUGGCAACGAGCUCACCACAUUUUCUAAAGAAAAAACUAAUUCUGACAUCUGAUGGCGGUGACGGAGACUUCGGCGGAGGUGGAGGUGGCGCCAGCGGUAGUUUCUCGCUUGGCGGUGGCGGGUUCGGGUUAAGGUUCGGUGGCAGUCUUUUGGGAGGAGGCCAUGGAGGCAUUGGUGGCGGUGGUGGUGGUGGUGGUCAUGGUGGCGCUGGAGGAGGUGGCAGUGGCUAUGGUGCUCCUUCUUUCGGUUCUGGUCAACAACACGGUUCGAAUGGGGCAGCCGGUGCUGCUGCUUCUGCCGGUGCAUUCAGUGGAUCUAGCAGCGGAGUGGUUUCGAACGGUGCGACGAGCGGUGGCCCGAGCGGUAGUUAUGGUGGAAGUUAUUCCCCAUCCUAUGGACACGAUCAAGGCGGACAUGCACCAGCUACGAAUUUAAGUCCACCGGGGAUAGGAUCUGGCAAUCACUAUGGCAGUUCGUCUAAUAGUUUUGCAAGCGCAAGUGCCAGUAGCUUUGCUAGUGCAAGUGCUGGUAAUCAUGGAAACGGUGGCCAUUCGACAGGAUCUGCUCCAACAGGAGGUUCGGGUGGUUUUCCAAAUUCCAACGGAGGAGGUAGUCAUGGUUCUGCGGGCUUCACUGGAUCCAAUGGUGGAUAUGGAGGGGCUGGUGGUUAUGCAGGACAUGCAGGUGGCUCAGCUGGAAAUUACGGAGGAGGAUUUAGGAAAGAGAUUACUAUUACAAAACACGUCGAUCGUCCAGUUGUCGUAGAAAAACCUGUGCCAGUUCCAGUAGAUAGACCAUAUCCGGUGUAUAUCGAGAAGCCAGUUCCAGUUACUGUGAUCAAAGAAGUACCAGUCGAUAGGCCUGUGCCUGUUCCAAUGCCAAGUGACAAUAAUGGUGCUUCAAAUGGUGGAUCAUAUGGUGGAAGUUAUGCAUCUGCCUACGCUGGGGCAAGCAGUUUCGCAUCGUCUGGAAGCUACGGUAGCGGUGGUGGACAGUCUGGCUACAAUGGUGGGGGAGGCUACGAUGGUGGAAGUCAGGGUGGCCACGGUGGUGGUGGCGGCGGCUACGGUGGGGGAAGCCACGGUUUUGGAGGCAGCGGUGGAGGAUACGGUGGAAUAAACCAAGGUGGUAACGGCAUACGAAAAACUAUUACCAUUGAGAAAACUUUCAACAAACACAAACAUCAUCAUCAUCAUGGUUGGUAAGCUUGUUGGGCUGUUAUUAGGAAACCCUAUUGUUUUUACAAGAUAUAAACUAUUGUUUUCGAUUAAGAUAGUGUAAGAUUAGCAAUGCAUGAAGAUAAAAUAGAAUUAGAAUAGUU